AAUGAACACAAAAAGCUCAUAUGAGCCGUGCUAUUAUUGCUGCAAGUUCUAUGUGGUGAUAUUAAAUAGUUGAUAUUUCCUCCAAAAUAUCACCAGUUUCCUCCAAAAUUGGGAACUUCAGUGCAUUCGCUUCAUAUACUUGAGAAAGCUAUUCAAAGAGCUGCAUAAAUUUACUUGUUCAAAGAGUGAUCUAUUUAUGUUUCAUCAUAGCAUUCAGAAAAGUUAAAGAGAUGUCUGGAUUUUCAACAGAUCAGGUGUUCAAGUCUCGUGAAGAGUUGAUGGAAUGGGUUAGAAACACCGGACGUAGUCUUGGUUACGCUAUUGUGACUAAAAGAUCGAAAGCUAAAAAUGGCUACGUGUCUAAAGUUGUACUUAUGUGUGAUCGUGGUGGUGUGUAUAAAUCAGAUAAAGAUUCAAGUAGAGAGACCGGCACUAGAAAGAUAAAUUGCCCGUUUGAAAUGGUAGCGAAAUUUUCAAAAAAGAAUGGUUCUUGGACGUUAAAAGUAAAACCUGGUGAGCAUAAUCAUCCACCCGGAGAAUAUAUGGAGGGACACCCAAUCCUCAAACGAUUGACACCUAAUGAACACCAAUUGGUGGCAGAGUUGACGGGGAAGGGUGUGUUCCCAAAAGAUAUUUUAGGUGUUAUCAAGGAGCGUGAUGAAAAUAAUGUCUCUACAAUUAAAAACAUAUAUAACGCACGUGAUAAAAUUCGAGCAACGGAUCAUAAAGGGAAAUCUUUGAUGGAGGUGCUAAUGUCUCAUUUAAAUGAUAAAGGGUAUACUUUUGAAAUUUCUACCAAUAGAGUUUCAAACAUGUUGGAAGACUUAUUCUUUGUUCCUAAAAUCUCAUACAAGUACUUCCUUGAUUUUCCACAUGUGUUGCUUAUGGAUGUCACAUACAAUACGAACAAGUAUAAAUUGCCUUUUCUUGAAAUUGUUGGUGUAACUUCUACCAACAAGACAAUCUCCAUAGCUUUUGCAGUUAUGCGUAAAGAAACAGAGGAGAAAUAUCUUUGGGCAUUAAACUGUUUAAAAUCAACUCUAGAUGAGAGGAGCAUGCAACAACCACGUGUUAUAGUUACGGACAGGGAGUUAGCUCUGAUGAAUGCAUGCGAGAAAGUUUUUCCGAAUGCUACCCGAUUACUUUGUAGGUGGCACGUUUCUCAAAGUAUAUUUAGAAACUGCAAAUCAUUUUUCACCACGGAUCAUGAUUGGAAAAUCUUCAAUAUAAUGUGGAAUGCACUCGUUGAAUCUCAAACGUGGACAUCAUUCCUCCAAAAUUACAAGCAACUUCAGUCAAUGUUAAUCCAUCAUCAAGAUGUUUUGGAUUACUUGAAUAGUACUUGGUUAAACAAGUAUAAAGAAAUGUUUGUGUCCGUAUGGACUAACGAAUGCUUACAUUUCGGAAAUCAGAAAACUAACAGAGCUGAAAGCCAACAUGCCAAGCUCAAAAAAUUCUUGAAUUCAGCAAAUUGUACCUUAGAUAAGAUUGUUCGUCACAUUGAUGAAGUAGUGAACCUGCAAGGCAUAGUUCAUUUACGAACUAUCAAGAGCAGGAUUACACUCAAGAGCCUUGGAGACAUAGUUCAUUCGGGUAUCUAG